AGGAGAUGAAGAAGUUCUACAAGGUGCUGUGGAACCGGUCCCUCUUCUUGUGCCUAAAUCACCUCCUCAGUCUGCUUUAAGUGCAAUUAUGAAAGAUCUGGAGGAUGAAGACAAGUCUGUGGCUCCAACAGAAGGGGUCUCAGAGACUAGAUCUGAGACAUCUGUGGGGACCCGAGUGCCUGCAGAAGAACUUAGCAAAAAUGGUGAGGUGCAACCAGGAAUAACAGAACAAGCAACUCCAGGAGAUGAAGAAGUUCUACAAGGUGCUGUGGAACCAAUCCCUGUUCCUGUGCCUGCCACAGUCAAAUCAGAGGAGUCAGCAGUGGAGACAACAGAGGAUACAAAGAACAUCUCUCCACCGGUUUUAAGUGCAAUUAGGAAAUAUAAAGAUGUAGACGAGUCUGCAGCUCCAACAGAAGAAGUCUCAAAGACUAGAUCCGAGGAGGCGGUUGAGUGUGAACACAACACCAUCACCGAGCAAAGUGCUGAGUCAGUGCCGACGGAUGCUGAGGAUUAUCUGCUGAGGGAGUUAAACAUCAAUGAUGCUCUCGAACCUGUAAAUGAUUUAGAAGCCAAAGCAGUUCAGGGUAAAUAUUCUGACAGAGGCAUCAAACUGACUGAUGCGUUGGAUGUGCAGCCACCCACAGUCCACGCUGUACCCAAACCCGUGGAAGAUCCAGAGCAAUCAGAGCUGUCAGAGCAGGCAAAAAUGAACCAGUCUGAUGAUGCUCAUAUCACUGAAAUGUCACAAAAGCCCAAUGAGUUGUUACGUCGUCGAACCAGUGAUGUCAAAGCUGUUUGUUCUUUCUGUGACCGUAUUAUUGAUGGGAAAACAAAGCUCACCCUCAGUGAACCUGCAGUGAUUUGCCACCCAGAAUGUCUAAAGUGUAGCGUGUGUGCGAAGACUCUGGGAGAUUUGCUUACCCGCAUGUUUCUAUAUCACCAAGGGAUCCACUGUGAUGACUGCUUUGCAAACGCUCUCGUGGCCUGAAGCCUAAGCGGGACAGAGACUCAAAGCACAUUGUGAUUAAUGUGUUGUGUGGGCUGAGAACCUCAUUACUGUAGCCUUCACUCUGUCUUUUGAAACUAAU